UAGGUUAACAUAAAAAUUAACCUAAAGAAAAAUCCAAAGUGUCAAAAUGUCUCGAAUUCAAAUUUAAAAGAAAAUAGAAUGAUAACGCUUUUACCAUCUCAAUUACAAAGUCUUUGAAACUGUAUAUAUAAUUUUUAUGUGAAAAGAAAUGAAUGUUCUUCGAAAACGCACAUUUAUUCGAACUUGUUUAGAAAAUAUCCUCAGAUAUCACUCGAAAAAUAGCCAGAAAUUUCCUAAAAAGACCACAUAUUUUAAAGCUUUCAAUGCCACCGCUUUAUCAACAAGGAAUUUGGUCAAUUUCCAUGAAAAUCAAAAAGAUUAUACACCAUUACUGUGUGCCCUGGGCUUAGGUUUGGUGUUUUGCGAUUCCUUGUUGAGAGGCAAGGAAAAACGUUUCUUUCAAGCUGUUAAAUAUGGAAAUUUGUCGGAUGUUUCACUUCUCAUUAAGGAUAAAUAUAAUGUUAAUACCAGGCAUCCUUUAGGAUGGACUCCUUUAAUGGUAGCUGUAGUAAAUGACAAGUUUGCUGUUGUUAACUUAUUACUCAAAGCAGGUGCAGAUCCUAAUCUUCAAGAGGAAUUUAUAAACAUUGGGAGAACUGCACAUGAAAAAAGAAUACAUCCUAUUGAAGUUUUAAUGAUUCGCGAAGAUGAGUUCUCCUCAGACUUAAAUACAAAAGCAACUUACCUGGGAUUUACUGCACUUCAUUAUGCAGCCCUUAUAGAUAAUUUAGAUAUUGUGAGAAUUUUAAUUGAACAUGGAGCCAACCCUUGUCUGAAAAAUGACAUUGGUCAUCUUCCUGUAAUGUAUGCUAAAGAAGGUCCUGUCAAAAAAUAUUUGGAAGAACAAAGUGCUAAGCAUGUUGAAAAAGAAAAACAAAGAGAAUUAGAAGAAAGGAGAAGAUUUCCUCUUGAACAACGGCUAAAACAAUUCAUAGUAGGACAAGAGGGCGCAAUCAAAACGGUUGCCUCAACUGUCAGACGUAAAGAAAAUGGUUGGACUGACGACAAUCACCCACUAGUUUUUCUAUUUCUUGGUUCAUCAGGUAUUGGAAAAACGGAACUAGCCAAGCAGUUGGCUGCUUAUAUACACAAGAAUAAACCUGAUGGUUUCAUUCGGUUGGAUAUGUCGGAAUAUCAAGAAAAACAUGAGGUCGCAAAGUUAAUAGGUGCUCCGCCAGGAUAUGUUGGCCAUGAUGAUGGAGGUCAACUAACCAAAAAACUGAAAGCUUGCAAUAACGCCGUAGUUUUAUUCGAUGAAGUCGAUAAGGCUCACCCUGAUGUUUUGACUGUUCUGCUACAACUAUUCGACGAGGGAAGAUUGACAGAUGGAAAAGGGAAAACAAUUGAAUGCAAAGAAGCAAUAUUCAUUAUGACUUCCAACCUUGCAAGUGACGAAAUUGCGCAGUAUGGCUUACAUUUGAGGAAAGAAAUUGAAAGGCAGAAAAAAGAACUUUUAGAUAAUAAGUCAGACUUGACCGUAUCUGAUGAUAUUCAGGUCACCAGAAAAUUCAAAGACGAAGUUGUGAAACCAAUUCUCAAAAGACAUUUCAAGCGGGAUGAAUUUUUAGGAAGAAUUAAUGAGAUAGUCUACUUUUUACCAUUUUCAAGGAACGAACUCAUGGAACUUGUUGGGAGAGAACUCAAACUUUGGGCAGAUAGGGCAGAAAAGAAGCAUAAAAUACUACUCCAAUGGGAUCGUAGUGUAGAGUCGGCACUGGCAGAUGGUUAUGAUGUGCAUUAUGGAGCCAGAUCUAUCAAGUAUGAAGUCGAAAGAAGGGUGGUGAAUCAAAUAGCUUUGGCCCAUGAAAGGGGUUGCUUGAAUAAGGGAUGCACUGUGAGCGUUUCAGUUCUCUGGAAAGAGCAAAGCGAUCUACCAGAAUUCAGGUUGAAAGUGAAGAAAAAAGGUGUAAAAGAUUGGGUAGAAUUAGAUCACUUCAGUGCACCUUUAGAAAAUGUUAACAAUAUAUUUUGAAUCAUUAAAAAAGUACUGUUAUAACA